GGCAUUGCUCCGCCCGGGUUUACGUAGCAUCUACGAUUGACGGGCAUUCACAUAACCAUUGCCCAGCGUUGCUGUCUGUAUAAUACGCUGCUUUCGCGUUGUGCAUUGAGACGUUUCUUUUCAGUGUAUCCGCCACAGCACUUGCUACGAAACCUAUUACUCCUAACAAAGUACCUCACUAACCUCCUGGCAACAUGGGGUCACUCCACGACUCCCGCAUCCACAAGUGGUUCGCGACUUCGCCUCCUGUCGCGUGGACAAUACGACAACUACGAGAGCUUCUCAUCGGCUCCCUCAAGCAAGGGGCAAUUCCACAGCAUGUCGCAUUCGUCAUGGAUGGCAACAGGCGCUUUGCGCGAAAUCACCACAUUGAGACUGUAGAAGGGCAUAACCUAGGCUUCGAGUCACUGGCCCGUAUUCUGGAAGUCUGCUAUAAAACUGGCGUCAAGGUCGUUACCAUCUAUGCGUUUAGUAUCGAGAACUUCAAACGAUCCAAACACGAGGUUGGUGCGUUGAUGGCCAUGGCAAAGGUCAAGCUCGAGCAGAUGGCCGAACACGGAGCUCUUCUGGAUCGGUAUGGCGCGAGUAUCCGGGUCCUAGGUCAGCGCAGUCUUGUGAGGCCAGAUGUCUUGCAGGCUGUUGACAGGGCCGUCGCAAUGACGGCGCAUAACAAAAGGGCUGUACUUAACAUUUGUUUUCCAUAUACGUCGCGGGACGAAAUCACAACCGCGGUCAUGAAGACAGUAGAGACGUACGGCACGCCCAUCCACAACCUUCCAACUUCCUCAAGACGCACCUUCUCCGAAUCGCACAUAACCCAACACAUUCGUAAGCAGAUGGUUGAGGACACUGCCGAUGGAGGAGCUGAGCAGCCUGAGUCGCGGUCAAGGUCUACUUCAAAUUCAUCCAAGGAAGAGAGAAAUGCGGAGGACGAGCGGUCUUCUUCGACUUCAACGGCCAUCAAUACGUCUGAGAAGGACGAGCCUCAGCCAGCACCCGCUUACCUGAAUCCCGAACUGAUUACCGCCCAGACUUUGACGGACAAUAUGAUGACAGCUGGUGCUCCACCACUGGACCUGCUAGUCCGUACUUCUGGUGUUGAGCGGCUGAGCGAUUUCAUGCUCUGGCAGUGUCACGAGAAUACAUCCAUCGUUUUUCUCGAAUGCUUAUGGCCAGAAUUCGAUCUAUGGCAAUUUUUGCCUGUGCUGGUAGAGUGGCAAUGGCAGCAGAAAAAGAUACUGGAGGAGCAGAAGCAGCAGAAGCGGAUUCGCGGGCGUUCCAAGAUAGAAUGAGAAAUUUGGGUGAUUGUAGAAGUCGAAGAACCACAGCGAUUGCGGUUAGAGGAAGAAAGCAUCGCAAGCUAGUGGGACAUUUGAGCUCUCAUCGACGAUACCCCAAAAAGAAGCAUGUCCAUUCAUAGCUUGAGUCAGGCUCCCGAUCGAUUGAAAUAUCAGGAACCAGGGUGCGACGAAAUUAUGUAGCAGCUUGACAACUACAACUAAGUCUAUUCACAGCUUGGCGUGCAUGCGAAGGCGUGUGUGACCAUGUGCC